AUGGCGAAUGAGGCGGCGAAAUAUCGUCACCUAACCCAAGAAGAUAAUGCAAAUGGUAUACGUAAGAGAAGGAUCACCGUUCAUUUACCUGACCCUUACGCUAAAGUUAGCGGCCAUCCAAAAUCGAUUUGGGGUGUUGGUUGUGUGGCUACUGCUUGGAGUGUGGAUUUCGUGGCUGCUGCUUGGGGUGUGGGUUGUGUGGCUGCUGCUUGUGGUGUCAAUUUCGUGGCUGCUGCUUGGGUGUGGAUUUCGUGGCUGCUGCUUGUGGUGUCAAUUUCAGGGCUGCUGCUUGGGGGUAAUGAUGCACAACAAAUAGGGGAUAGAAGUAGUGCGGAAGAUGAAGGUAAGCCUAAGCCUGGAAUGUUUUUUGAAUCAUUUGAUAAGUUUCUUCAAUACUACCGGAGCUAUGGAAAUAAAAUGGGGUUUGAAGUUACAAUAAGAUCUUCAAGGAAAGGAGAUGAUGGGGAGUUGAUUUAUGCGAACGUUGCCUGUUGUUGCGGUGGAAAGCGAGAUAGUAACUCCAAAAAUAUCUUUAAAUUGCAUCCGUUGACAAAAAGUGGUUGUAAGGCUCGUAGUACUGCCUCUCGACGUUCAGAUGGUAAAUGGGAAAUAGUGUCAAUCAUCUAUGAGCAUAACCAUGAACUCAUAAGUCCUAGCAAAACAAGAUUUUUCAAGAGCAAUAGAUUUAUACAACCACAUGUGAAAAGAAAGAUUGAAGUGAAUGAUAGAGCGGGGAUUAGACCGAGUAAGAAUUUCAAUUCCUUUGUAGUUGAAGCUGGGGGUGUUGAGAAUUUGAGUUUCUUACAAAAGGAUUGUAGAAAUUACAUUGAAAAAGUUAGGAAGAUCCGACUUGGUGAUGGUGAUGCUGUUGCGUUACAGAAAUAUUUUUUGAAAAUGCAAAAAGAUAAUCCCAAUUUCUUUUACGUUAUGGAUUUAGAUGAUGAUGGUCGAUUGCAAAAUGUUCUAUGGGUGGAUGCAAGAAGCAGAGCCGCAUUUAGGGAAUUCGGCGACGUUGUGACAUUCGACACGACGUAUUUAACCAACAAAUAUGAUAUGCCGUUUGCUGCGUUUGUCGGUGUUAACCAUCAUAGCCAAUCCACAUUAUUAGGUUGUGGGUUAAUCUCUCACGAGGACACAAAAACUUUUGUUUGGCUUUUUGAAAUGUGGCUUGCUUGUAUGGGAAAUUCUACUCCUAAGGCAAUAAUCACAGACCAGGACAGGGCUAUGCAAAAUGCUGUCGAGAUUGUGUUUCCCGAUACAAGACAUAGAUGGUGUUUGUGGCAUAUUAUGAAGAAGUUGCCGGAAAAGUUAAAAGGUUAUAGGGAAUAUGAACAUAUAAAGUUUACUUUGCAAAAUGUUGUAUAUGAUUCAUUGACAUGUGAGGAGUUUGAAGAAUGGUGGAAUUCAUUCAUUGAAAAAUACAACCUGCACGACAAUGAUUGGUUAUCUGGUUUGUAUAAUGAAAGAUAUCGUUGGGUGCCGGCAUUUGUGAAAGGUACUUUCUGGGCGGGAAUGUCUACUACGCAACGUAGUGAAAGUAUGCAUGCCUUUUUUGAUGGGUACGUAAAUUCAAAAACGACAUUAAAACAAUUUGUAGAACAAUAUGAGAAUGCAUUGCGUGAUAAAGUUGAAAAAGAAAAUGAGGCUGAUUUCAAAUCGAUCAAAUCAUCGAUCCCUUGUAUAAGCAUUUAUCCUAUGGAGAAACAAUUUCAAGAGGCAUACACUACUGCAAAAUUCAAAGAGUUUCAAAAAGAGCUUGCAGGUAAGCUCCAUUGUGAGAUAUAUUCUUUGAAGGAUAUAGAGUCCAAACUUGAAUAUGUUGUGAAGGAAGAUGUAAUGGUUGGAGAGACAUACCGUCGGGUUUCGUUUGUGGUUUGGUCUGAGAACCGUUGUUCUGAGGCUUGUUGCAAUUGUCGAUUGUUUGAGUUUAAAGGGAUUUUAUGUCGACAUGCAAUUGCAGUAUUGAUACAUAAUGAAAUUUCUCUUAUCCCUGAACAGCACAUUUUAAGGCGUUGGAGGAAAAAUAUAUUCAGAUGCCACAUGAAAGUUAGGGUAAGUUAUAAUAGUUUGAGCACUAGUGCUGAAGGUGAACGAUUUGACCAAUUGUCUAAUUCAUUUAGUGAGGUGGCGGACUUGGCAUCAACCAGUGUUGAUGAUUUGUUGAUUGCACUUCUGUACAAGUUAGCAAUAAAAUCAUGA